CAUUUCCCGCGCUCCAAGAUCUCGCCUACAUCGAUUUAUCACACCAAUAUUCUCCUAAGCCGUCCACUCACGUCGCAUACGCAAGGCUGAGAUGAUUUCCACUGGUACCAAACGCAAAUGGGAAGAUGCGGAUUACGAUUCAGACGACGACGAACCAUCUUUCGGAAAACAAACAUUGCCCGUGGCCAAUCUACCUAUGGACUUUGAUUGCGAGCCGGAAGAUGGAAUGCAAUAUUUGUUCACGGUCAGACGCGAUGCACGGCGGCUACCGCACGUUACCAGAGUCGCUAACCCGUACGAACUGCCAGAACCUGUUCUACCCAUUGGCCUCGAGCAGCCCGCCGACAGUUCAUGUAGCAACCUUCCCUCUGAACAUUGGCGCUCUACUUUCUUAACACACUUUCGAAAUCUCAGAAAGAAUAUCAAUCAACCGACUAUCCACGUGCAUAUCGAUCCACAUGGAUCACGCAAGGUGAUGCCAGAUAAGAAAGAAAGAGAUUUGUGGUGGAUAUUUCUUUCUGGUUCACCGGAAUCUGACUGGAACCCACCAAAAAAAUCGAAGAAACUGUCGUCGAAGAAAAGCAGAUUCUCCAGCUACAUGCCAGCGAUCUGCGACGAGUCAGAGGGGGAACAUGACAUCCAUGACCAGCAAACUCGUCAUGAAACUCACGAGACCUGGCGCAUCAAUUCAGAGGGUGAUGUUGAACUCGCGGAGGAUAAUCUAGCAGAGGCACCAUCAUCCACGGCUCAGCCACUUCCAAAUGGUUCUGCUUCAUCUAUGUCACCAGUGGCGACAGAAUUUGGAAGUAUAGGUCCGCUGUCGACUCGUCCAGGCACUGUACAGCUUUGUAACUCUCGUGAGAUUACCCCCUCAUUGCUGCGAAAAAUAGACCAUAACAUGUCCCUUCACCUUCUCAUGUAUUUCGCUCACUGGAUGAACAUCCACUUGCAGCACCCAGCUGAUCCAACCUUUGCGAUCCUCGAGAGCCAUGCACGCUGGAUGUUUGCGUUGUUGGCCAAAGUGGAAGACUUCAUUUCAGCAGAUGACAUGAGUCAACUUAGGAGCCUAGCCCGCGCUUGCUUGGAGCUACUUCUUCGGCGACGGAAAGCCGGGGAGCCUGGAGUGCUUGGUCAUUUGUCAUCCAAAAUUGGCAUGGCUGAAACAUCAUGCUGGAUAAUUUUUACUGCCGUCUGUGGUAUAUGGGGCCAAAGCGAUCUUUGGCGGGACGCGGAGACGUUAUUGUCCGAGCUGAGCGGCCACGUUAGCUGAACGCUCGUGUGCACGGCCUGACGGGAACCUCCUUGUUUGUCGACUUCCGCCCCCAAAUACCAAGUCGGAGACAUGACUGCGAUAGUGUUUAACGUGCACUGCGAUUAGGCAAUGAAUGACCGGUGCUUCAUUCCGAUGAUGUCGGGCGCUCUCUGUGUUUCGUGCCUCUCCGUCCCCGGUGCUCAUGGUAUGGUGGAAGCCCGAGUCUUCCUCAACCAUAUUCUCCAUUGAAGCGCGGAAAACAGUCCUAUAAUUAUCUCUCAAGCUGAUCACACGCCUGUGCAAUGAAAUCCUGUCACGUUUUUGAUCUUGAUCACUGGAUAAUAUUCCGUUUGCACAAGCUAAGCGCAGAAAUCUAGCCUGAAUGUCAUCACCACGCGUUUUAUUGAUGAUCGAAACGUCGAACAGCAAAUCAAACAUAUCGU